AAAAAUUCCAAAAUGCAAUGUACGUGCGAGUGCCAUACGAAUACCAACUAUUGCAAUAAUUAUUACGCGAAUUAUUACAAUAAUCCGCAAUAUUACAGUAAUAUACGCUAUUGUACUUGCAACAACAACCAAAAUUACGGUAAUGAACAAAAUUAUAGUAAUACACAAUGUUACGGCGACGCGCAAAAUUACAGUAACUCGCAGAGUUACCCGCAAAAAAAUACCCAACAAGAAGAAAACACUAAAAAAACUGUUAAUAUAAACGAAAGCAAUGACGAUAAUAAUAAAUACGGAAUGGGCAUAACGGUAUUUCCGGAGAGGCAGCUUGCAGUUUACGAUCCUUCGCUAGAAGACGUACCGGCAGAUAUCAGGAGGAUGAUGGAAAAAGCCAUGAGUAAGUCCAAAUGCACGUGGAGAUUGAGCCAAUUGUCGUUACCCUUAUCGUCGAGAAUGAGUAAAAAAUACGAAUCGACAGACAUCAAACCGCCCCCGCCCAGAGAAAUGAAAAUCGAAUACGAAAUGCUGGAGCAUCUCUCCAAAUCCGAACCGCUAUGGAAACGUUGCGCCAAAAAACCGGAUAGUAGUUCAAAAACCUCCGUGGCAACAACGUUGACUGACAUUGACAAAGGCUCAGACAACCAAGGGGUGUUCCCUCACAGCUUGGACAGUUACAAAUGCCUGAACAUCGGCAGAACGGAAGUUUACUGCGAAUCUUGGUACGGUACAGCGAUCAAAUGGCACGGUAUUAUCGUCGCCUACACUCUCAACCCGGGUGACGAGAAGGUGUUCGACAACGGCAACAGAUUGUACUAUUACACCGGCUUGAAAGUGCAAAAUAAGGAUUCGAAGCUCCGGGCUUUGGUGCACGUAGGGUACAGGAAAGGCUGGCCUUGGUACGAUUCCAUCGGACCCAACUGGGAACUGAAAAUCGAUAUAAACGAUAUGGCCAAGGCGCUGGUGUCGUUCGGCGUGGGAUUCAUACCGAAAGUGGGCCCGGUUUUCUCCGCUUUGGUGGAUUUCUUCUGGCCCGAAACGGAAACGGACAUUUGGAGCGAGAUCGAAUCGAAAGUCGAAGCGCUGGUGGAUAAGAAAACGCAAGAAGCCAUCAGAGGCAUCAUCGGCGGGCAACUCAGGUACAUGAAGGAAAAAAUCAACAGCCUGAACAGGGAGAUCGAACACCCGGAAUUGGGGCAAGACGUGAACCGUCACUUCAUGUACAUCGCGAAAGAUUUGGUGGGCUUCGAACACCAUUUCAGCAUUGCCAAAGAAGACAACAGCGAUUACGUUGCAAUUAACGAAUUCAUACUUCCUUUAUACUCGAACUUCGUCACGAUGAAGGUGAAAUACUACCAAUUCGGCAUCAGGAACGCCGACAAACUGAAACUCAAUUCAACCGACGUGGUAAGAUUGAAAGAAUACUUGAAACAUCUACUGCUCGGCCAAGACGGCGUCUUCAACUACAUCAACAGAGUCCUGCACGAGAGCGUCGAGAAAGCCUACCAGACCUGCGAUCCGGACAACGUCUACGACGCCAUCGCCACCGCCAGAACCUACAUAGGACUCAACGGUUUGGAAUUCCUGGACGUGUGGAGAGCCGCCCUGGAGCACACCGAUUCCGAAGACGCCCCCUACAACAGCGCCAUCAUCUUCUCCAAGAACUUCUGCAGACCGACGCCGUGGCACGCGCGCCAAAUCGUCGCCGAAGACGUCCCGCAGCCGCUGCAGCCGAAGAUGCUGGGCGAGAGGAGGAACCGGAUGCUUGGGGUGACCGUGUGGAUAUGGCGGAUACGGCCGUACGCUUUGCGGAAGAUAUCCGGCUUGAAGAUCUACUGGGAGAACGGGGAUGAGAGCGAGCUGGGCAAGUGGUCGAGGGAGAGCGAGUACAUCGACUUCAAGGGCGCCGAUUUGAAGGCGCUGCGAGCUUGGGGCGACGGAGCUCUGGAUUGUCUGGACUUCGAUCUGACGGACGGAAGGCGCGUCUCCGUCGGGAGCACGAACGACGCGAGAGGCGUAAACGAGCUGUUUGAAUUGGAUAAACAUGUUAUAGCUGGUAUAUUAUUGAGCGGGGGACAAGAUGGCCUCGAAGGACAGGCUUGUAACAUCAGCGUUUCCUACCGAUUGGCUUCACCUUAA